AUCAUUGCAACAGCCCUGCUGGUGGCCACCUGCUCUGCCUCAUAUCAUGGCGCCGUUUCAACACAAUAUGCCAGCUUGGAUCCCCACAGUCAUUCGUAUUCGUACGGUUAUGCCGAUCCAAAUUCGCAAAAACACGAAACACGUUCACAUGAUGGCGUGACGCAUGGUUCGUAUUCGUAUGUGGAUGGUCAUGGUCAUGUCCAAUCGGUCCAUUAUACCGCUGAUCCUCAUACUGGUUUCCAUGCCACCGGUACCAAUUUGCCCAAGGGUCCAGCUCCAGCACCCGCCUUGGCCCAUGCCGCUGCCUAUGAUGGUGGUCACUAUGCUGCCGGACAUGCCUAUCAUGGACCCUUGGCCCACAUCACAUUGACUCAUGAAGGUGUACCCCAUGAUACCCCCGAAGUUGCCCAUGCCAAGGCUGCCCAUGCUGCUGCUUAUGCCGCUGCCGCCGCAGCUGCUGCCCACAGUGGUGAUGGUGGUCAUCAUUUGUACAAACGUUCAUUGUGGGGAGGUCAUGCCGGUUAUGCCCACGUUGCUGCUCCCGUUGUCCUCACACAUGGUGGUGUUCCCGUAGAUACUCCCGAUGUACAAGCCGCCAAAGCUGCCCACUAUGCCGCUCAUGCCAAAGCCUUGGGUGCUGCUGGUCAUGGUCAUGGUGCU